CCUGCUGCUGCCCCGGGGCCACAGGUGGCCUGCGGCCGGCCUCAGAGUGGCCCCGCCGCACAGCCGAGUGACCCACGGGCCCCUCCCUCUGCAAAGUGCCGCCAGGGCCUUGCCCGGCACAGCCUGCACGAGCUGCCCGCAACCCCUGGCGGCCUCAGGGCCCUGCUGACCCCUGCGCAUUUGCAGGGCUGGGUGCCCAGUGCUGGCCUGGCCGCUCCACGGCCGCCCUCUGGGUGCAGGGGCCCCUGAGCGCCUCUCGGACCCAGGCCGGCGGCCGGAACCACGGGCCUUCUGCUUUGGACACUGGACACCUUCGCCCACCUGGUGUGCGCGGUUGCCUGGGGGUCUCCUAUGCGGUGCCGGCUGUGGCGCGCUGCCCUCCGGGGGCUGGGCCUGCCCGUCCCCGCCUGCCCCGGGCGCCAGCCUUCCCACCCCCGCCGUGCCUGGCCAGUCCCCUGUGGCGCCAGGUCUGAGCGGGUCGGUAGAGGUGAGGGGCACUGCGGUGGCGUUGCCCCCUCGCGCCUGGGCCGGCACCAUGCUGCUGCCCUGCAGCCGCCCUGCGCUCACCAGCCAGCCCACGACCGUCCGGCAGCCGUGGCAGCUUGCACCCGCCGUCCCUGCUGCCCGCUGUCCUGUCCACCGGCCCUGAGUGUGAUGCGCCCUCCCGGUGGGCCCGCUUCUCUGACCAGGCUGCCGGCUCGUAGGGUCCUGCGGCAGCCCUGGGGGCCUCUUGCCGCCGUGUCCCCAGGGCAUGCCGGGCCGGAGGUCAGGACAAGGGCAGCGGUGGCCGUCGCCCUCCAAGGGCGCCUUGGCUGCCUCGCUCCAGGUCGCAGGGUCUGCCCUGCGUGGCGGUGUCCAGGGGUGGCCGGCAGACGCCCAAGCUGGGCCCUUCGGCCUUCCUGCUGUGUGCUUCUCGGCAGGCGGGUGGUGAGCAGGGUGCUGAGUCCGGGCGGCCGGCCGGCCCGGGCUUCCCGUGGGCUGGACACUGGUGGCCCGGGGCCGGUCCUCAGCACAGGUGUCCGUGCAAUGCGACACCCACGGAGCCCACUGUCCGCUCCGCGCCUCCUGAGGCUUCGCGGGGCCGGGCCGCCCCCACCCCCACCCCGUGCCCCGCCGCCCGAGGUGCCUCCGGACGUUGCUCUGUCCCAGGUUCCAGCUCCGCGGGCUGGCCGAGCCCAGCCCUGCAGCCCCGAGACUGCCACGCUGCACCCUCGCUGCGGCCAGGCCUGGAGGGGCCGGUGCUGGACAGCCGCGCCCGGGCUGUGGGAGCAGGACCGCCGGAGCUGUGGGCCCCGCCGCCGAGAGGUCAGUGAGGCGUCCCUGGGCGUGUGCUGCAGCGGAGGCGUCAGGGGCUGCAUCACCGCGCGGCCCUGGCUCUGGGGCAGGGUCUCCCCUCGCUGCCCUGGGCGCCCCCGUCCAGCAGGCCCUGCUGGCUCUCGGCGCCCCGCUCCCGGGGUCUCGUCCUCCACACUGCAGCCCUCAGAUGGAGCCCCGCCAUGAGGCGGGGUGCUGGUCCCGGACACUGGCGCACCCAGGCUUCCCGCUGCACACCCCCAGGUCGCCGUGGCCCGGCGAGGCCCCCGCCGCCCCCCUCGCCCUGGAGCGGGGUCCUCAGUGUGGGAGGCGCUGCCCGGCGGGCUCGGCUCUGCGCUGGC